UUGAAUGAGAGAUUUCGAGGAAAAGAGAGAGAGAGCAGUACGUGAGAGUCGGUCUCCCAAGCGAAAGAAAGCAAAUUUAAAGGCCACCUACAAUUUUGGCCCAUAAAUUUUGAUUUCUCUCACACUAACCGUAUUUUCAGCUUCCUUUAGAUUUCCACCUUCAAUUUUCCUUUAGAUUUCAUUUUCAAAAAAAAUAAAAAAAUAAUAUAAUGUUUCUUAUUUUAUCAGACAACUGGUUAUGAGAAAAAUCCGAAUUUCUCAGAUACUCUUUUAAGCCUUGCUGUUUUCAGCUUCACUGGUUGUACAUUUUCUGUAAAUGAAGAUCCAUUUUAUAUGGGAUUUGUACAUUUAUUUAUUUGCAGAUCUUGACUUGAUGAUAAAGAAGAUUUAUUUUUCAUCUAACAUACAAAAUGGAGAAUUGGGUUUUCUUGAAUUUGGAUUCUUUCUGAAUUUUAUUUGAUUAUUUCCAUUUGGGGUUUUCAAGAUUAAUUGUAUCUUUUCAAGAAUUUAAUGUAUGGUUACAAUGUGGUUAGCUUAUUCUCUGUUUAUAUAUAUAUUUUUACCCUUUGAGUUUUACACUUAAAUAUUAAUAUAUAGUUUCUUCUUGUACUAUGAUGCCGAGGUCGAUAAUGGCAAUAGAAGAACAUAACCAUAGUGAUUACACUGGUAGUGAGUAUGGCGGCGGUGGUACCGGUAGUGGUGGUAAUAGUAGACCAUCCAAGAAAGUGAAGGCGAAGAAAGUCCCACAAAGAGGACUUGGUGUUGCCCAACUUGAAAGGAUUAGAAUGGAAGGGGAAAAAAAUCCCACACCUAAUGUUUUGGCACCAAAUAAAUGUUUAGUAGUUGAAUGUCCUACUUUUAGGCCUAAAAACAACCCUUUAUCGCCACCAUCAACGAUGGAUUUGCCUUCAAAAAGUUGUGUUUUUACACCAAAUGUGUCUGCCUUAGUUCUUGAUGGUUUUCGUCCGAAGGAAAAAACGUUGAAUGUGGGUGGAGGGGAGGUAAGUUGGUCAUCCGUUACGGGUACUGGGAGUAGUGAUAAAUGUCCUAUAUUGUGGAGUUGUGAGUUUAGUCCUGAAAGAGAAAGCCAACAGGGAAAUCGCCACGGUCUUGGUGCUUUCGGCUCUAGUGUAGAUUUGCCUAAUGCACUGCAUAACCCCAUUUUGCCUCUACCCAGUGUGCUGCAAAGAUCACUACAAUAUCAGCAAUCUUCUUGCUCUUCGUCAACGAUGAAUAUCUCAUCAGGGAUUUCAUCAUCAUCAUCUGUACUGAAUUAUCAGAUGGAGCCCCCUUCAAACCAAAAUUAUUAUUCGUGUAAUUAUUUACCUCUGUGGCCUGAAGAUGUGAAGAUGGUUGGCAUGAAGAGACCAUAUCCCUUCUCUCCAGAUUUUCCGCCAGUCCCUGCAUUUCAGUGCAAAUUUCCUCCGGGAUAUGUUAACCUUUCAUCCAGAUCACCUGAAUCAGCUUCUUGCAGCAAUGAAUGCGCAGCCAGUUUAGAAUCCGGAAAUCUGCUCAAAAGAGAAGCUCCUUCAGGAUCACGGACUCUGUCCGAGUCCAAACCAAGGAAUGUUGUCAGACAAAAGAAAGCUCUCAAUGGAGAUUUUCUCACGUUGGCUCUUCCUACAGCUGCUUUUCCAUAUCAGCAUUCAUCUAAUUCAACCGUUCGGAGUCGAGAGAUACUUAAUUUGGAAUCAGUAACCUGUCAGGGAGUUGCUGAAGAACCUUCAACAAGCUCAGCCAUAAGCAGAUCAGUUCAACAACCUAUCUACGGAUUCUUCCCAACUGCAAGGGUACAAAUCAGCCAAGAAGGAACAAACAAGCGCAGCUGCCAUGUUGAAGUCGGAGGAAACGUUGAUCUCAACCUAAAGCUGUAGAAGUUAGUAUGUCGAUCUCAACCUAAAGCUGUAGAAGUUAGUCCAUUACACGUGGUAGUGCUUUCUCCAGGAGCAUUUCUGUAUAUUUUCUGGUGAGAUGGAUUGUUCAAGUCCUAAGGUGGUAGAAUAAUGUUCCGUCUAAUGUCUUUACCAUUUGUAGUUAAGCCUUGUAAGUCGGAGCAUGAAAAAUAUUCCAAGAUCUUGGCCUCAUAGCCAUGAUAAUAGUAAUAUCACACAGGAGAGGUUUGGAUCAACCUCGGGGUGCAUGACAUUGACAAGUGAGAUUUUGAUGAGAUUUUUCAACUAGGACGUCCAGAUUCGGUCUUUCUGGUACCAUUUA